AGAAAGAGGCAGACUGAAAUAGAAGGCAAGCGACAACAGCUUGACGAACAGAUACUUCUGCUGCAGCAUUCCAAGUCCAAAUUGCUCCGGGAAAAAUGGCUGCUGCAAGGUAUACCUGCGGGAACUGCCGAAGAGGAGGAAGCCAGGAGGCGGCAGUCUGAGGAGGACGAGUUCAGAGUCAAGCAACUUGAAGAUAAUAUUCAGAGGCUGGAACAGGAAAUACAAGCGCUAGAAAGUGAAGAGUCCCAGAUAUCUGCCAAAGAGCAAAUCAUCCUAGAGAAACUGAAGGAGACAGAAAAAUCCUUCAAGGACUUUCAGAAGAGUUUCUCCAACACGGAUGGAGAUGCAGUAAAUUACAUUUCCUCCCAGCUCCCCGACCUGACAAUCCUCUGUUCACCAGCAGCAGCACCACCAUCACCGGGGCAGGACGGGACCAGCAAAGUGGCUGCUGUGUACGCCAUGGAAAUUAAUGUGGAGAAAGACAAACAAACAGGAGAGACCAAGAUUCUCUCUGCAUCCACCAUUGGCCCAGAAGGGGUCCAUCAGAGAGGAGUCAAAGUCUAUGAUGACGGUACCAAAGUAGUCUAUGAGGUGCACUCAGGUGGCACCGUUGUAGAAAACGGAGUACACAAAUUAAGCGCAAAGGAUGUAGAAGAGCUUAUUCAGAAGGCUGGACAAUCAAACUUAAGAGAAGGGCAUAUGUCAGAAAGGACUGUGAUCGCAGAUGGGAGCCUCGGCCACCCAAAGGAACACAUGCUGUGCAAGGAAGCCAAGUUAGAAAUGGUACACAAAUCUAGGAAAGAUCAUUCUUCCGGGAACCCAGGGCAGCAGGCCCGAGCCCCCAGUGCAGAAGGGCCGGAGGCAAACUCAGAUCAGCCAGUCACCAUGAUCUUUAUGGGCUACCAAAAUAUCGAGGAUGAAGAGGAGACCAAGAAGGUGCUAGGCUAUGAUGAAACCAUCAAGGCUGAAUUGGUCCUCAUUGAUGAAGACGAUGAGAAGUCUUUGAGGGAGAAGACAGUGACGGACGUGUCCACUAUUGAUGGGAAUGCGGCGGAGCUUGUGUCCGGGAGGCCAGUGUCCGAUACCACAGAGCCCUCAUCCCCAGAAGGGAAGGAAGAGAGCCUGGCCACAGAGCCAGCCCCAGGUACCCAAAAGAAAAAGCGCUGUCAGUGCUGUGUUGUCAUGUGACCACUCUUUCCUCCCUUUUCUUCUGGGCAGCCUGUGUGCUCUCCACC